GAGGCCGUCACCCAAAAACAUCGCUGUGCCUCGCUCAGACGGCCACGCUCCAGGAGAGAGUAGCUGGAAAGCCUGAAGCCGGCUGUGGGGAGCUCUGGAGGCCAUCUUAUCCCUGUUUAGGAGAGAGCUGCCAUGUGCACAGGGAAGUGUUCAAAGUGCAUUGGUAUCACCCUCUUCCCACUGGCAGUAUGUGCCAUAGUCUCCAACAUUCUCCUGUACUUCCCAAAUGGACAAGUACUUCAGCUCAGCGAGAUAACUGAUUUGGUCUGGUUUUUCCACGGCAUUCUGGGAGCUGGGAUACUGGUGAUUUUGCCGGCAUUCAUGAUGCUGGGAGCAGGUGGAGCAGGAUGUUGCGCUAACAGAUGUGGGAUGCUGCUGUCAGUGAUCCUGUCUGUGCUGGGAUUCGCAGGAGGAGCAUAUUGUGUGGUCAUCUCUUUGCUGGGGUUGAUUUGGGGUCCUCUGUGUGACACAGGUGAUGGAGAAUACCUCUACCCUUUCAGGAAUGACACUCUGGAAGACAAUUAUUUGUUUAACCAGACAACAUGGAAUAUUUGCAAACAACCUGAAAACAUCAUCCUUUGGAAUAUCGUUCUUUUCUCCAUUCUUCUGAUCAUUGGUGUGAUUGAAGCUAUUCUUUGUUUCAUUCAAGUCAUUAAUGGACUCACUGGCUUCAUAUGUGGCACAUGUAUGAGGAGAAGAAAGACAAAUAUUUCUGGAAUGUGAAUGACCUACAAGAAAUGCCAAGACAAGCCCUGAACUGCUGAUUCACAUACAAUACGGAUAGUGCUCUGUACUGUUUUAUUUAUGGGACGACAACAACAACAAAAAUGUCCAGGUGUUUCACAGGGCAAAAUUAUAUUUUUAUAAAGAAGUCAGGGUGGAAAAGGGCUAGAUUAUGUCAGUCUGAGACUCCACAUUUUCAUCUCUCCAAACAUACCCACUAAAUUUUAGGUACUGGCAAAAACAUUAAUCUAUCUGGCCCUUACUGCUGUGCUUGUCUAUAAAGCACAACAGUCCUCAGAUAAACGAUCACCACUCGCCCUCUCAUGUGUGUGGGAAAUGGAACUGUUGUUAAUGUAUACAUUUGUCAGCUGCAUGAAGCAGGUGCUCUCUGGCUGAUGUAAAUAACAUCCCGUCCUCCCCAGAUCCCACCGUGAGCUCACCUGUCUGUUCCUAUUAAUUUGUGAAUGGGGCACUCACAGAUUUGAAUGAGGAUGAGUGGAGUAUAUAUCGAGCAGUGUUUGAGACACCGCAGAGGCAACUGAAGAACACCAUUUUCAGCCUCUUUCUGCCACCCUGGAGCCAGAUCCCCUUGCCAAAGCCCAGUGCACUUCUAAAUUGGUUCUUCAGGAGCAUCUGAGUGUUCUGGCAGCCUAAGAGGAACAUUUGGGUCAACAUAGACAGUAGGUUUUGCAGCAAGAGUUCAGAAAUGUCUUCUUUAACAAAAGGGUGAAGAACCUCGCCACCAAUUUUGCCUUCAUAAAACUGCCUCAAAAUUUCACUAACUUCCACACAGGUCUGUAGGGCUGUUCUAGAAUAGUGUACAUGGAUCAAGGAAUUAUCUCACCAAAGAUAAACAAAGAUAUAUGUAGUAAUUAUGUGCAGCUUAGUAAUAAAUGGAAGAUACAAUCUGAAGGCAGCAAAUUGCAUCAGCUUUAGUUUUUUAGCAACAGCAAUACCAACCAAGAACUGCAUUAUUCACCAUCAUCACUCAAGAGCAAGCUCUUGAUCUUGAGCUAAUGUCCAUGACUGGGAAAUUUCAGAAAACUCACAACUUCAGUGACUUCCUCAAAGGUUAAUUCUUGGUCAUGAACUGUCUUUCCUCUGUCAGCUAAACUGUGAAAUAAUCUUUACCCAUCCUGAAUGCAUAUAGGUAGCUAUGAAAACCUGAAUAUAUUUAAUGCACUUUGAGAAAACAUAAAUCAAUAAAAAUAGGCUCCAAGUUUUUCAUCUUUCUGCACUGUAGCUUGGGAGCAAGCUCUUUAAACACACUUACUGCAGACAUACAUGGAUGCUUGCGCUGUCCUCUAAUGCAGCAUGCAAAAUGCUUCAUAUUCUCCUUUAUAUAAAAUGGAGAAGAAAAUGUCAGUUGCCUAGAUGAGAAGCAUAUGCACCUUGGAGCAUAGUUUCACCCCUAGAAGCAGGAAAUUUAACCUGUAAAACUUAAAUGCAACUUCGGUAAAGAAGAAAGCAUAAGACUUGUUGAAGAUUGCAAAUCCAUCACUAGGUGCAUCCAAACGUGCCAGGUGGCUUAAAAAGCUCAUGUUCAUUGCCGGCAGGGAAGCAUGGACAGUGCUACCACAUACAGCAGACAGCAAACCAGGAAAAGAAUUAAAGAGGCAACAGGAAAUAAGGAUAGUCACAUGUAGUCAGGUGGUGAGAGACUCCUCCAUCAGCACAGGGGCUCUAUGAUCUCUUCACAGUCCCUAAAUACCUGCCCUUCCUCAUCUCUUAGUUUUGACCCCCUGAUUUUCACCUCUGGGGUAAAGCCUACUUUGGCUGUGCUAGCACCAGCAGGGGAAGAGAUACCCACUGGCACACCUCCACCACAGAAAAAUACAUGCACUGUGCUGCUGCCAUCUGCUUGUUCCAGGCUGUCCUGCUCUGGGGAUGUCUGUGUGCUCUGGGGAACACCCUCUGUCCUGCCAACUGUGUGACCACUGGCCUCACUGAUAUAUGUAAAUAUUAAAUAUUGCUAUUCUGAACUUA